UCUGUUCACUACCAGUGGAGGGCAGAGAUACACCUCAGAGGCGUCAAGCCUCCGUCAGAUUUAGGCAGAGGAAGAGGCAGCAGAGGCAGAACAAAGUGAAGAAGAAGAAUUUAACGGUUCCCGGUUGUUGAACCGCCUCUGUCUCCACGGUGCCGGUGGCUUACAAAUAGUUUUGGACUGUAUUGUACCACCAACCAAGCGGCUAGCUGUUUCAUUUACUUCAGCUAGCUAACGCAACGAUGCUUUUCCAACGGGUAGCUAUGUGUUGACAUUUUACCUCAUUAAGGAUCAUUACUGCAACCAAAGACCCAGAGCAAUGGAGGAGGGCUCUGAGGUGAUGGAGGAUAUUGUAUUUCGAGGAGUGGAGUUUUCUGUGAAGAUAGAGGUGGACAAGGGUUUACUGAUAGUCGAAAUCUCCGACUCAUUGACAGCAGAUCAGUGGAGGGGGGACUUUGAUCCAGCAUACAUCGAGGACCUCACCCGCAAAACUGGAAACUUCAAGCAGUUCCCCAUUUUCUGUAGCAUGUUGGAAUCAGCUGUUAGAAAGACGACUGAUUCUGUUACACUCGACCUCUUGACCUAUGCUGACCUGGAGCUGCUACGUAACAGAAAAGCAGGAGUGGUUAGUCGUCCUCGUGGCCAUCAGCAGUCAUCUGCUCUCACUGCCAAAAGAUAUCUAAUCCUCAUAUACACUGUGGAGUUUGACAGGAUACACUACCCUUUACCCCUGCCCUAUGUGGGUAAGCCUGACCCGGCUGCCCUGCAGAAAGAAGUCAGAGCUCUGAGGGCUGAGCUCAGCGCUGUCACCUCUCAUGGAGUUAACAAAUCUGCAGAACUAGAAAUGCAGCGGCUACGAGCAGAGCUGGCUCUAGUGAAAGAAGAGAAGGAGGCCAUGGCCAAGGUUCUGGAGCGACUGCAGAUCAGUGGAAGUGGUUCCACACCUGGACGAGAGGACUGGAGGGUCAGAGAUGUGGUGAGGACGCUGGAGGAGCAGCUUGUCAAGGAGAGGGCCAAAAGUCAACGCUCAGCAAGCAAAAGAGGCCAGGAGCAGCGACUCCUAUUGGAGCAGUUGGAGGAGCUGAGAGCAUCAGAGUGCGCUCUUCGUGUUCGUGUCAAGAGUCUCACCAAUGAGCUGGGGUUACUACGGAGAGGGUUAGACAAUCUAAGCGUCAGAGUGACUCCCGUGUCUGGUCACAUCAGCUCUCGAGUUGAUGGGGAAAUCUAUCGCUCUCUGUCCCGCGAAAGAAGGUCAGGGUACGGGACAGUCAGGGCUCGUUCAGGAUCCAGAGAACAGAUUGAGGACAGAGGGCGAAGGUCAGAGGAAAGAGGAAGAAGAGCGGACUCCUCAGGACCACGUGCUCGUAUACCCAGGCCGUCACCUUCUCCCACUGGGUCACGGGUACCACGCUUUGACCCAACUGCUUACAUCCAGGACAGACAGCGCAGGCAGAAAGAGGCAGAUCUCAAAAAACAGAGGAAGGUUCGGAGGGACAUGCUGACAUCACCCAUUGUCCCUGAGAGGGGGCGUUCACGUUCCAGAGAGGUCUAUCCUCAGAUGGCCCGGUCCGGCAGCAGAGGCAGGAGUUUAUCUGUGGAGCGGAGAGGGAGCAGGAACUCCUCUGAAAGCUCCUUAGUGGAUAUGGAGGAAAUGGCCAAAACUCUGUUCAGAGGAAGAAAACAGACUUACAAUGGACCCAGUAUGGUGAGUGACAUGUCUAGAGGAGGGCUUUUGACCAGGAAGCCAUUGUGCAGUACUCCAACACACAGAAUGAAAGACAAAGAGAGCUCCAUAGAUACCGGUGCUGAGCUGUCGGAGAUUGAUGCCAGGCUGCAGGCACUUCAGGAAUACAUGAGGGACCUGGAUACAGGACACUAACAACCACUGCACAACCCGCUGCUCAAGCCACACAUGGAUAUGUUACCUGACAACUGCACAGCUUGGAGCUCAGGCCAUCAGAUGUUUUUUGUUUUUUGUUUACUGUGCACAGACUGAGGAGCACAUCAAGCUUCAAACAUGAGGGAUGGGUUUACCAGUGUAUAUGUGUUCAUGUAAGAGACUAAAACUCCUUCUGGAGGGUCAGACUUCCAGGACUUCAGGAAACUGCAGCCAUCACUGUAAAGGACUACUUUCUGUGGACUGAAAAUAUUAUUUUUUUUAAAUAUUUUAUUAAUUAACUUAAAAGAUGACUGUGUCUGAGUGUAGUGUUAUCCUUACUUUUUUUACACCUCACUAAAUGAGUUACAUAGAUGUAAAAUCUGGCAGUACUAUCCUUUACUCUCUUGUUUUCUUUCCUUUUUUAAAAAAUAUAUCUGAUUGACAGUAUUGGUUGUGCUCUUUCAUCUUCCAGAUCCUUUUUCUUUUUUAGUAAAACCCAUUUCAACAUGGGUAAAUGUAAAGUGGUUGGUAAUCUAAGAGCAUUUGUUGUGGGGUUUUCUCCCUGUGAGUGUGUUCAUCAUCUCUAACUUUCUAAACACAUUUAAGUCAGCAACUAUUUCAAACAAAUGUCCAUGGGUGCGAAUGUGAUUGCGUGAUAGUAGAUCAACAUGUUAACCAUAGACUGUUAAACUUGUAAUAGACUGUUGUCUCUUUUGCCCAGUGCAUGCUGGGAUACACUCCAGCUCCUGUAAGCAAGUAGAGGACAUAGCUGGCUGCAUGCAUGUCAUCACAAUGUCAUUCUAGCUAGCGUUUUCCAUCUGUAUGUUGUAAUGAAUGUACUUUUUCCUGCUAGAUUCUGAACGCUUCAAGCAUUAUAGUUGAUACCAUUAUAUGAACUUUAAUUGAUCCACAUAGUGCAUUAAAAGGUGGCAUGUCCUCCUGUUUGAACCUAAGUGGACCCUAUUUUCUCUUUGAGGUUAUGUCCCAAACUCAAGCACAAACAAUAUUAAUCUUGACAUUUGUCUAAGUGAACAAUACUCCUCAUCAAAGAGAAAUUGCUUUGGACAAACCAUGGAUAUUGGUAUUUGUGUGUACAUAAAUCCAUACCACUUUCAUGGUGAUCCUGCAUGCAAGUGUAUGAACACUGUCACCUUUUUAUGAUAGUGAAACUGCCAAAUUUUGUAUGAAACUGCUGUAUGUGUAUGUGUACAAAGAUUUACUCUAAUUUUUCCCCAGUCUAAUGCCUUUUAUACCACCUACAAUAUAAUUUAUAAGAAAUGUAUCCACGGUGUAAAGACUUUUUUUUUAUGAUCCUUUCCAGGCCUGUACAGUUUUGUACACACUACUUUCCUUUGCACUAAUGUCAGUUGAAGUGGAGCCUGAAGGGUUUCCACCACUGCAGCUAGCUUGCUUUCAUUAAUUAACAAAUAAACUUCUGGGCAUGGAGCCUUCCUCUCAGGGGAACGACUCAGUGUCUGAACA